AUGCCAGUGUCCGAACUGAGACAGCUAGUGAAGCUGGAACGUCAUGCGUGGAUUUCGUUGAAGAACAUCGAGGAGUUCCUGGCUUCGUAUCAAGAAGAACGUGAUAAAAGUGCAGUGAAAUUACGUCUAAAGAAGAUCGACGAAGUGUAUAAUAAAUACUGUGAAGUGAGAGUAAAAAUUGAAGUGCUUACAGACGAUCUCGACGUUGACGAUGGCUCGCAGAAUGCAGCUGAGGAAGUAGCCACAGAGCCGAUUGAUAUGGCUGAGACGCGCCAGAGAGAGAAUGAAGAAAUUUUCAAGGAGUUUGAAAAUAAAUACUUUCGACUGAAGCAGGCACUUCUUUUGAAAUGCAGCGUAGAUAUGGGAGUUGUUGCUGAACGGCAACCUGCAGUUCAGGUCUGCCAGCCAUCGCGGACGAAGUAUCCGGAGCUGAGGCUACCCACAUUCUCGGGAAAGCUGUCGGAAUGGAUCAACUUUCGGGACAACCAUCAACUCUGUACAAUCGAUAAAUUCAAUUAUUUGCGUACCUCGUUGAAGGAUGAUGCUCUUCUGCAGAUCAACCAAAUUCAAGUGACUGCUGCCAACUACACUCUCGCUUGGGGAAUUCUAGAGUCGAAGUUCGAGAACCACAAGCUCAUCGCACAGGAACAUUUGAAGGCAUUGUUCGCUGUUGCGCCAAUGAAAUUGGAGAGCUUUCAAGGAUUGAACCAUGUUCUAACGACGUUCAGGAUCAACCUUCAACAGUUGGAGAAGCUGGGUGAAAAUACGGAAAACUGGAGUACGCUGUUGGCUUUCAUGCUAUCCCAGAAACUGGACCAUGAUACGCUUCGCCAGUGGAAAACCCACCACAGCUCGAAGAAUAUUCCCUCCUACAAGGCAAUGGAGGAGUUUCUGGAGAAUUACUGUGGAAUCCUGCAGUCAACGUCAGCGCGAAGAAGUAACGAGAAUCCUGUCGAACGACGAGCUGCUUGUCCAUCGAGGAGUCUGCAUGUGAAGCCAUCUUUGAGGAGACAACCACAAGAGAUCCUGAUGGAAAAUUUCGGGUAA